GCAUCUAGACUUAACUAACUAUGCAGAAAGUGUUCGACUACUUGCAUGACCCACGAUAUCCAUCGCUGUGCAUCGUCUUAAAUUACUUCAAGUUUUUCCUAAUAUGGGAGCCCAGCCACACGCCCAGACAACGAGUCAUCUACCGCACCAUACUCACAUUCUACAUGAUCACAUACAUAGGACAGCUAAUUUACUUGCCCAUAUCCGGGCAGCCAUUUUACUACUUCAUGAUUCUGUUGAAACAAGGGGUGUUCCAGAUGGCGGUGUUCAAGCUGUUCAACAUCAUGAGGCACAUCGCGGACUGGCGGCGCCUCAUGGACCGCAUGUCGCAGCUGGAGAACGAGCAGCUCCUGGACCCGCACCUGCAGCCGAUAGUCACCCGGUACAUUAAGCACGGACAGAAAUGUAUAAUGGCUUACUGGGUGAUGAGCGUCGGUAUCACUGUUUGGACUUACGCCAAAAACACAGUAUUCGCUGUAAUACAUUUAGAGACUCGGGGAGAGUUGGACCCGGAUGACGUCGGCUACUUCUGGCUGUGGCCCACGGGGCUCUACUCCGGGCGGUGGAAGGUCUACUCCUAUGUGAUCUGGCAGGUGUUGUACGGCAUGUGCAGCAAUAUCUAUGUGAAUGGCUGGGACGCCCUCUGUGUGGCGAUGAUGAUAGUGUUGGCGGGACAGUUGGAGGUGCUGAGUGCGAUGUUUAAACACUCGCUGGACACUGAUGAUGAAAUGGAGCAAGAGAAGAACCUCGUCAAUUGUUAUAAGCGAUACAUUGAGUUACUUGAGACUCACAAAUUGUGCAACGCUAUGGUUUCUCCAGUUCUGUUCGUGUACUUAUUAGUUGCAUCUAUAAAUUUGGCGUUGAUUUUGUAUAGUUUGAAAAGUCUAGAAAGAUCAGGCGUUUUACUAGCAUGCUCAAUGUUUGGUGGAUUGAUGGUACAGCUGUUCUUUUAUUACUGGCACGGUCAACAAGUUAUUUAUCAGAGCAGCGUGGUGAGUGCGUCGGUGUACGCGAGCGCCUGGGUGGCGGCGAGCGCGCGCUUGCGGCGCCGCGUGUUCCUCAUGAGCGCCACCACCGACCGGAGACUCGUGUUCCACGCGGGGCCCUUCAACGAGGUCUCGCUCACCACCUUCGUAGCUAUUGUGAAGACUUCAUACAGCUUUUAUAAACUAAUGACUUCUACCUAAAUUGUA